GUGUGUGACCGUGUGUCCGUGCAUGUGUCCGUGCGUGUGUAUGUGUGAAUCAGGAGGUGUGUGCGUUAGUGCGUGCCAGACAGCAAAGAGAGGCGCAGUUAUCUAGGAAUUUGAGCCAAAAGAACCUCACUAACAGAAAGAGAGAGAGAAAGAGAAACAGAGGGAGAGAGAAAAAAUAGGAAGAGAAGUCGAGAGGAUGAAAUAGGUAUAUAGAUAGAAAGAGACAGACACAGAGAUCGGGAUUACAGUAAGAUUAGAUCAAAAAAAGAGAUAGACAUGGAGAGACAGAAAAAGAUGAAGAAGUUCACACAGAAAUAGAAGAAGGUUAUAUGAGCAGAGAGUGGAGGGACACCAUCCAAGGCUUCAAACAAAGCAUCAAGCCAACAGACUCAGGAGUGGAGUAGAAACCCAUCAAGUACAACAAAAAAGAAAAAAUAAGGACAAGUGRCACCAAAGAGGUGUGGGCACCCAAAUCCAAGAGGCUGGCAAGGCGGAACAGCUUUAAGGUGAAAACCGGUGUCGGGAGGCACAGUAAACGGCGAAACUCAGAGGUGCCUGAGAGACUGAAUUCUGCCAGCUUUUCAAAUUCUUUUAGGAGUUUUCCCAUGAUUCUACUGGGCUCAAUCGGCGUGGUCCCACUACUGCUGUCCCUGUGUGUGGGGGCCGUGUUGUCCCCCCCAGACGCACCCCCGGUCUGUCCCCACCCCCCUUGCAGGGACAGUCUGGUGGCCGCUCCGCCUGCGAGGAUAGGGUCAGGGGGGUGUGAGGGGAGCCCGGGGACGGCGGGCUGCAGGGUGGUGGUUGCCCCCCUGGCUGCCUCCGACCCCCCUCUGAGGGAGGAACACAGACAAGAAGUCCGACAGGUCCAGCCCGAGGCAGGGGAUGUGUCGGAGCGUCUGUUCCAGUUGCAGCGAUGUAUGCAUUCCUUCCAGGAGCCGGGGGCCCCCAGGGACCAGGGAGGCCAGGGAGGGGACACGCUAGUGGCCAUUCUGGCUCUGAUGGCUGCAGUGCUGACAGAGUGUGACCUCCACUGUCACAGCCAGGCCCUCAGGGCUAUGGCCAGACGACUGGAGGGGGCAGCGGUUGGGAGAGAGGGAGAGAAAGACUUGCUACUACUAUUGAGAAGCAUCACACAACACCCUCCAACAGUGGCCCCCUCAGCGAGGCUGCAUCCUCAGGACUGUGCUGAGAUCUAUCAUUUGGGGAUCAGAGAGAACGGAAUCUACACCAUCCAGCCUGACCCACACAGACCUGCAGUCGAGGCAGAGUGUGACAUGGAGACGGCAGGCGGAGGGUGGACGAUGUUCCAGCGUCGGAGAGAUGGCUCGGUGGACUUCAAUCGGACGUGGCAGGAGUACCGCGAGGGUUUUGGUUCCCCACAGGGAGAACACUGGCUAGGGAACGCAGCGCUGCAUGCUCUCACCAACACUGGUCAACACCUACUGCGUAUUCAACUGGAGGACUGGCACAAGCAGAAACGCCAAGCCACCUACAACACCUUUAGAGUGGCAACAGAGACACAGAAGUACCGUCUGACAGCACGGGAGUACUCUGGUGACGCGGGAAAUGCCCUGAGCUACAGCAAACGCUACAACCACGACGGCCGACCGUUCAGCACCAACGACCGUGAUCACGACCGCUACACCUCGGGGAACUGUGCGCAGUACUACGGUGCGGGCUGGUGGUUCGAUGCUUGCCUGGCGGCUAACCUGAAUGGACGGUACUACCGCGGGCGCUACAGCGGGCUGACCAACGGCAUUUACUGGGGCACCUGGUACAUCCUGACAGACAGCCACAGUGGAGAGCGCUACUCCUUUAAGAGUGUGGAGAUGAAGACACGCCCACGCAACAUCUAAUAAAGAAUGACUUAGGAGCAGAUUGAAAUGGGACAGUUAAUGUGAAGUAGCAAUCUGUAAAAUGUAGGCCUACUACAACCUCUGAGCCAGGUUCUGUAUAUAUAAAUCUAGCCUGGUCCCAGAUCUGUUUGUGAUGUGCCCCAGCUAGGGAAACCCUAAUCUGGUUGCAGAGUGUGUGAAGGUUAUUGUUAACCAGCUGAUGACUGGAUGUUUGAUUCACUGGAUGAUGUUGGGAUAGUGAGCCACUAAAUCACUUCUUCCAGGUGUAAAUAUAGUGCUAAAUCGAAAA